UGGGCUGUCGGAUUCAAACCGGGUUCGUUGGGCCUGUGGUCGGUUGGUCGCAGUCGAGUCGUUGCCUUGGCGUGAGGCGGACGUGUGGCCCGCUGCGCCCGCUCUUCGAGCCCCGACGCUCCCGCCCGCAGGAUGGCCCACAAGCAGAUCUACUACUCGGACAAGUACUUCGACGAGCACUACGAGUACCGGCAUGUCAUGUUACCCAGAGAACUUUCCAAACAAGUCCCGAAAACCCAUCUGAUGUCGGAAGAGGAGUGGAGGAGACUUGGCGUCCAACAGAGUCUAGGCUGGGUUCACUACAUGAUUCAUGAGCCAGAACCACAUAUUCUUCUCUUUAGACGACCUCUUCCAAAGAGCAACAAAAAUGAAGUCUACCUGGGGAUUGUCAAUUAAGUCUUUUUCAAAUUUAAUGUAUAUGUGUAUAUAAGGGUAGUAUUCAGUGAAUACUUGAAAAAUGUACAAAUUGUUGAUCCAUACCUGUGCAUGAGCUGUAUUCUUCACAGCAACAGAGCUCAGUUAAAUGCAACGGCAAGUAGGUUACUAUAAGGUGUUUAAGAUAAAAUUUCUAGUUGGUUUUUCUCUUUAAGUGCCUGUUUGACUUUACCUGUUACUUUUGUUAAAUAAAGUUUGUAUGUUGCAUUUAUCAUUGAA